CCUGCGGUCGGCGGUCUGCGCUCCGCUCCUGCUCCUCAGUGGACCGGGACACAGCAGGGCCGGCGGGACUCCGGGAAGGAUGCGAGUGUCACCUCCUUUAAGUUCUGUCAGCCUCCUGAAUAAGUUGAUGGUGUGAAAUUUGUCCCUGUAUCUCUGUGUACGGCUGUUACUUAGAGAAGUUUUGAGCCCCGUUGGCUAAUUCCAGCAAGAUUUGAAAGGCAAAGGUCGGCCUGAAAACAAACAGCUCUGUUUUCUAGGGUGAAAAUGAACGUUGGAGUUGCCCACAGUGAGGUAAAUCCCAACACGAGGGUGAUGAACAGUCGUGGAAUGUGGCUGACAUACGCGCUCGGAGUUGGCUUGCUGCACAUUGUCCUGCUCAGCAUUCCUUUCUUUAGUGUCCCUGUCGCCUGGACUUUAACAAAUGUGAUUCACAACCUGGGAAUGUAUGUGUUUUUGCAUGCUGUAAAGGGAACUCCUUUUGAAACACCUGAUCAGGGGAAAGCCAGGCUGCUAACACACUGGGAACAACUGGAUUAUGGAGUACAAUUUACAUCUUCAAGAAAAUUCUUCACAAUCUCUCCUAUAAUUCUGUACUUCCUGACGAGUUUCUACACCAAGUAUGAUCCAACACAUUUUAUCCUCAACACAACCUCUCUCCUGACCGUGCUUAUCCCCAAACUGCCACAGCUGCACGGGGUCCGGAUCUUUGGCAUCAAUAAAUACUAAAUACUGACCCCCCCUGACAUGGCUACUGGUGCUCCCCAGGUGAAGGAAAUGAGUAGUCAGCUGUGCUGUGUAUCUAAUCAUAUCCAGUGAGAGAUGCUUUUACAUCUGAGAUACAAUUCCUAGUCCCUGUCUGGGAUGGAGGUCGAGUUUCUAGGAAGAUGCCUUCAAAUACUUCAAUGUGAAUUGGAAACCUUGAGAAGAAAGAUUUCCAUGAAGAACUGGGCAGGCCCAGCUCUGAAGUGUCAUUCCCACCAGGACUGUGUGUGUCUGGCUGAUGCUGGUGACCCGUUAGGAAGGUGCAAAUACCAGUUGAAAUGAGAGUAACUUUUCACAAAUACUCAGUCAACCAUAAUGCAGGUGGUAACUUUGCAUAGAAACCCAGGAUGCUCAAGGCCAAGGAGUGGUGAGGCCACAUUCUCACAUUAAGUAGCCAGUUUCUGCUCUAUGGAUUGCAGGUGGUGGUGCUUGUCAUUGCAUUGUAAAAGUUUGUCUCACAGUGAGUACUGUGACAGCAGCAUGGUGUAAUUCAUGCCUUAUCUGUUCUUGUGAUAUUUUUUUUUUAAUUAUUUUUUCUGUUUUUUUUGUCAUAAAGACUGAAGAAAGUCCUUAACUGUCAGCUCAGGGGAUUUCUACAACUUGAUGGCUCAGUUUGUGCAUGCUUUUACAAGCUGCUACUGGUGGGUUUAUUUCAUCUUGCUUACCAAGAUACUGCCUUUUCCAUGUGUAAAUGGGACAGCUUGAAAAAUGGAAAUUUCUUUUAAGGUAUAGAUUUAUUUUUUGUUUAAUUAUUUUCUCUGCUACUUGACUGACAGGUUUAUUUUUCAGUAGCUGAGGGUAAUGGUGGGGGAAAAGGGUUCCUGCUGUUGUAGGAGAAGCAGCCAACAAUGCCAGAUCACGAAAGAGAAACUCUGUGUAGGUCCUAAGGGUAGAAGCUGAACUAGAAGUAGGUGAGUAGGCAAAUCACAUGGACUAACUGUGUGUUUUUGUGGAAAAAAAAACAAAAAACAAAACAUUAAGUAAUUUGCAUGUCUUGGAAAUGUGGAGGAAUGCUGUGUUUUAGAGGUACUGUGUAGUAAGGAGUAAUCUUGUGCAUAAUCAACUCUGGAAGAAGAGUGACUGGAGGUACAGCUCUUGCUCUGAGCACUUAUUACUCUUAUCUUGUAAAAAGGAUGAAUUUCUGAAGCCUGCCAUAUGUCUGUCAGCCAAAACUGGCUGAGGUUUAACAGAAGACUCUGUUAAAUACUUGAUUUACAUUUUGGUUGUGGUGACAGGAGAAAAAAAAACCAAACCAGAGAAAAGCCCUCAGUGGCAUACUGCUUUUCUUGCUGAGAGGAUUUUCUGGCUAUUUACUGUAUCGAUAAAGAUGCC